AUCAAAAAGUGAAAAAUAUCUCAAGGGUUUUUUCUGUUUCAGUUUUGGCCUAACUCAAGGGCGUUUUGGUCGUCUUACAAAGCAGGUGCAUUUUGGUCAAUGUACUUGCACAGGAAUCAUUCUUUGGCUAACUUGUCUUGUGGGAUGCUUUUUAGACUGCCCGACUGUCUCUGACCCAUCCAUUUUCCGUAUUUGCCUCCGGUCACGGUUUCACUUCCUUUUGUGUUAAAUUGUGUUUAGAAAAAAAAAAAAAAAAAAACUUGUCAUCUUGUUAACAGAUGGAGUAUUUGAUUUGUGGGUUAGGAACAGAUUGAGAGAAAUUAAGCUCUGCACUUGCUGAAACCCUUUUUUGAUUAACAUUUCAGGCUGGGAAAAAAAAAUCUCUAGAGUUUUUGUUUUUCCUUUCUCAACCUUUGAAAGGGGCUGUUUGGUUUGUUUCUUCAUUUGGUAUAAAUAGAUAUUUGUAUCCACCCUUUACACUCUCUCUGAAAAUCAAAUCUUUUUUCUUCAGCCACCUUAUCUUCCUCACUUCCCUUAUCUGUGUCUCUCUUCAUGUUCUUCUCUUGAAAAAACCUACUUCUGGAUUUUCUUGAAGGGACCUAAGAGAGACAUGGAUGCUGUUUUGCAGACCAAAGGGCUUCUCUCCCUGCCUUUAAACCCCAAGACCAGAGCGUUUCAAUCUUCUCUGGGCUUAAAGCAAAGAUCUUUCUCCACAAAACCCAAAAUCCCAACUGGGUUAUCUUUGUCGUCAAAUGGGUUACAGAAAUUUCAAGGCUUUGUCUCAAAUACUCAUGGGUUUGGCACAAAAGAGAGGAACUUGUUCAUCUGCAGGGCUGAAGCUGCUGCUGCUGCUGCUGCUGAUGGGCAGCCAGCAUUUGGGGAAACUGAGCAGCCCAAGUUCUUUGGUAUUGAGGCUGUAACCUUCAAGAAGAUUGUUCCACUUGGGUUGAUGUUCUUUUGUAUCUUGUUCAAUUACACAAUCCUCAGGGACACAAAGGAUGUGUUGGUUGUAACAGCUAAAGGGAGUAGUGCAGAGAUUAUACCAUUUUUAAAGACCUGGGUGAACCUGCCUAUGGCUGUUGGCUUCAUGCUGUUGUACACAAAAUUGUCUAAUGUGUUGUCUAAGAAGGCUCUCUUCUACACUGUUAUGCUUCCAUUUAUUGCCUUUUUCGGGGCAUUUGGAUUUGUCUUGUAUCCUCUCAGCAAUUAUAUCCACCCAGAAGCGCUUGCUGAUAGCCUGCUCAACACUCUUGGCCCAAGGUUCCUUGGUCCACUCGCAAUCUUGAGGAUAUGGAGCUUUUGUUUGUUCUAUGUCAUGGCUGAAUUGUGGGGGAGUGUGGUGGUUUCUGUGCUUUUCUGGGGUUUUGCCAAUCAGAUAACUACCGUUGACGAAGCAAAAAGAUUCUACCCCCUUUUUGGACUGGGAGCGAAUGUUGCUCUUAUUUUCUCAGGCAGGACAGUGAAGUAUUUCUCUAAUUUGAGGAAAAAUUUGGGUCCUGGAGUUGAUGGUUGGGCCCUGUCCUUAAAGGGGAUGAUGAGCAUUGUUGUGUUGAUGGGGUUCACAAUCUGUUUCCUGUACUGGUGGGUAAACAAUUAUGUUCCUCUUCCCACCCGCAGCAAGAAGAAGAAGGAGAAGCCCAAAAUGGGGACAAUGGAGAGCUUGAAAUUUUUGGUGUCUUCAAGAUACAUCAGAGAUCUUGCCACUUUGGUGGUUGCAUAUGGUAUUAGCAUCAACCUCGUGGAAGUUACAUGGAAAUCAAAGCUCAAAGCUCAGUUUCCAAGCCCGAAUGAGUACUCUUCUUUUAUGGGUGACUUCUCAACUGCCACUGGAAUAGCAACUUUCACAAUGAUGUUGCUCAGUCAAGUUAUAUUCGAAAAAUAUGGAUGGGGAGUUGCUGCGAAGAUCACACCUACAGUUCUACUUCUGACUGGAGUUGGUUUCUUCUCUCUGAUCUUGUUUGGGGGUCCACUUUCACCUGCUAUUACAAGCCUUGGGAUGACUCCACUCCUUGCAGCUGUAUAUGUGGGUGCUUUGCAAAACAUUUUCAGCAAGAGUGCCAAGUACAGCUUGUUUGAUCCGUGCAAAGAAAUGGCAUACAUUCCCUUGGAUGAGGACACCAAGGUUAAAGGAAAGGCAGCCAUUGAUGUUGUCUGCAACCCAUUGGGGAAGUCUGGUGGUGCUCUGAUUCAGCAGUUUAUGAUUUUGACCUUCGGGUCACUCGCAAACUCAACACCUUACCUUGGAGGUGUACUUCUGCUGAUUGUUCUUGCAUGGCUGGGAGCAGCCAGGUCUCUAGACACCCAGUUUACUGCAUUGCGACGGGAAGAAGAGCUCGAGAAGGAGAUGGAAAGAGCGGCAGUCAAGAUCCCAGUAGUGGCUCAAGAGGGAAGUGGGAACGGUUCUCUUGCCAGCGAUUCAGUGUUGAACCCAACAGCAGGAGACAGCGGUUCCUCUGGACCUCCCCGCAACAUAUAAUGUUUCCGGUUUAAUCGCCAGAUGGGAAGACCAAAUAGGGUUGAUGAGAAGCAAUAUUGGUGAAGUCUUGGUUGUAGGAUCUUAGUUUGCUUUAAAAAUAAGCAUGCUUAUGACUUCUUUUAAAGUCCAGUUUUUUCCUAGAUAUUGAAAUUACCUUCAGUUUAGUUAGUUUUCAGUUCCUAUAUUUUGUAGAAUUAGAUUGAAUUUACACCAAUGGAAUAAACCUAGUUGAUUCAUUAUUACAAAUA